AAAUUGGUUCUUCAACAGUACAAUACAACUUACAGCUCUUGAACGGGUGCUUUUGGAUUUAUUUCAAAAUGAAAUUGGUCGUUUUUCUCUUUGUCUGUACUGUAGUAUCGAGCGAGAUAGAUGUAUGGAGUAAUAUAUUUCGUGAGAAUUUCUCUCAAAUGGAUAAAAAUUCUGAUGGAUUGGUAGAAAUGUCAGAAUACUCUCAGAUGUUUUUAGCAGCAGAUGUAAACGGUGACGGAGGUGUAACUCUGAAUGAAUAUUUAAAAACAGAAGCAUUGGUAGAGAACCAUGCUACACUAACAGAAGAUUUUCAUUUUAACGAUCAUAAUAAAGACGGCGUUGUCAAUAUGGUUGAUAUUCGUCUUCAAUUUAAUCAGAUUGAUACUAACAAUGAUGAUAAAAUUGAACAAAAUGAGUUCGUAGUUUAUGCUGAAAAUCUUGUGAAGACUAAAGGUCAUCCAGCAUUUGGAAAAUAAUAUGUUGGUAGUACCAACGGACACCUACCAAUGAAAUAAUCUUUUCUGUAGUUUAUUUCAUAUAUAAUUAUAUAUUACAAAUU